AUGGAGAUGGAGGUUUUGCAACGAGUAGGUUUCUUUUGUGCGCUCUGGACGCUACAAUGCUGUGCUGGAGUGCUAGGGACUAUAUCACGUGACGCUAUUUUUUUAAGAUCAUAUGCAGCCUCGAACGUGGCAAUGCUCACUUUGACGCUGUCCCUGACGACGGCCUACGCACUGACCAUAGCGACGCAGCUGAUGGACAAAUUCAUGGCCCGUUCUGUUUGUCUUGGCGUUAUAUACGCAAUUAGCCCCUUGGUUUUUGGGUCGGUGCUGUUAGUCCUAACCCUCUUCUCUCUUGCAAUGCCCUUCUUGGCUCGUUUGACAUCGGUCCUACUCUAUUUGUGGCUUGAAGUAUCGACCCAAUGGCUGACCCAACAAUUUUGGGAUUUAUGUGCGAAAGCCUUUAAUGUCUCGGACUCAAAAAAGUUUUUUGGGAUUAUUACGUUUGGAUCAACUUUUGGCAGUUUAUUGGCAAGUUUUGUAAUUUUACCAAUUCUUCAAAUUCGACAAGUCCCGACUGAGUAUAAUUUAGUCAUUUCGGCUGGAAUGUUAUUUUUCAUGGCUGGAAUUUUACUGCUAUCGACCGAAUAUUUUGUACCGACAAGCUCAAUUAGUCCAGACUCAAUAACAAGAAAGCAGAGAAGCCAGGAUCAAUGUAAAAAUACUGCAGAUUCCUUGUCAUUGAUGACUAUUAUCAGAGAAAUUCAGGCUAGAACGUACCUGAAACAUAUUUGCUUUUUCGACAUAUUGGCAACGGUAAUGCGAGUGCUUGUGGAUAAUACGACGCUGUCGGUGGUUUCUUUGCAACCAGAGAAAGAAGCGCAGGUCUCAUUGUCAAUGAUUAAUGGAUUACAAAGUUUUUUGAUGAUCCCACUGCAACUUUUCUCGGGACCCCUUUUCUCACAUUUUGGAGUCAUGUAUGGCAUCGCGAUGCUUCCAGUGGCCAUUUUCUUGUUUGGAACUUCGACCUACAUGUCGAGUUCUGUCUAUACGUUGAUUGUCACGCGAGCAUUUUAUAACGCAGUAUCACAGGCAAUUUUUAAUCCAGCAAGACAAUUGUUGUGGCUGCCUUUUAAUGAGAAUGAGCGAGGCCGUUUCCAGAACUUUGUGUGUGGCCCGUUCCGUUCGGUGUCUCGGAUUUUUGGAGCGGUGCUCUCAAUGUUUCUGACAGCGCGUUUAGUAGUCCAGUGUAUAGGGGCGUCCUUUUCAAGCGUGAUAAUGAUUGCAGCGUCUACAGCGUGGGUCAUUGACGCACUGGCAGCCAGGAAGUCGUAUGCCUCAGAGUUCUACGCAUCGUUACGACAGGGAUAUCUAAAUUUGACAUCGCCUCUGGUUGACUUUACACCGGACCAGAUUCGGCUAGUGAAGGAAACGUUGGUGAACGGAGCGCAAAACCAAGCCAACUUUGCUUUGAGCUCGUUAUCCCACGUUCAUAUUGGCUUUUUUUCUCAGGAACUUCGAGCGCUGUUUUACAAGAAAAAUCAAGACGGGCUACCGCUGACACCGAUGCAUACGAAACUGCGCCUGUUGAAUCUUCAUACGGCAGCAAAGCGAGAAUUCGUGCUCCAUGCACAAGAAUCAUAUUUACUCCCAGACGCAAGCACAUUACCUACCGGCAUUUUCAAUACGAUGGACCUUAUGAUGCUCGUACAGGACAAAUCUGUUGCGGUGCCACCCCAACUACGACUUAAGGCGAUUUUGGCAUGCGGCUACGAAAAGUUCGAUAUGAACGUGGGUCAGUGCUCAGAGGUGCUUCAUAAGCUACUUUGUAGUGGCAACGAGGACAAAUAUGUCGUCGUGUGUUCUGCGGUGGCGUUACUGCGUCUAUCGGACUGGAUGGAUGAAGAAGCAAAUGUUAUUCUUCAGCGAUUGCUUCACGAAGAAAAGGUUCUGGAGGCACGAGUGGUCGGCUUGAAGAUUGUCGGCAAAGAGCUCCCAGAGCUGCUGGGUGAUGGUUUUUUGGUGUACUUACUUCACCAUUCGUCGACGCAAAUUGUCCAAGCAGCCGUUGAGUGUUGUUCAAACAGCUCUCGUCACUCCAGAAUGCUUAUUCCGGCACUAAUGAAGCACCUUUCAAAUUCAAUGAUACGCUCUCAUAUUGUAGCAGCGUUGAAAAGGUUUGAGCCGGCUGCCCUGUGGAGACCGCUUUGCCAAUACACGGAAGAGAUUCUCCAUCAUACUACCCACACCAUCAACAAUUAUGCGUUAGCUUCAGACCAGAUCCAUAACAAGAGAGAUGGACUGACAGGUGUGCUCAAAGUGCUCGACGUUGGUGAUUUUCCGUUCGAAGACAAACUGGAUUUCCUGUUGCACUUGGUUGAUACGUUACUGGUGGCAUCAAAAUCAUCGGAAGACGAAGUAUGCAACACGGACGUGUUACAUCAUCUCUUUGGGAAAGAUGUGAUCAUGGAAGAGCUGGUUGUGGAUGCACUGCUAUCGCUAAUUAGAUCGACAGACGAAAAGACGAUGAAUUCGUUUUCACACUUGAUGGAUCCAAUUCACCACGCGCUUAGUAUCAAGCUCCGUGAGGCGCACGAAAUGCGUCAUGUUCUCGAACUCUUCUUCCAGAUUUGCCCGCGCACAGUUACAAACAUUGAGGAAACGUCCCCUCUGCUGCUACAGCAUGUGGAACAUAGCCUGAAGGACACGCUUCGGCUGCUGCUUAAACUGCUUUCGACAGGAUUCCCGGAGGAGUUUGAUGUUGCGGUGAUUCUGGAGGGUUUGAAAUCUGAUCUGGUGCAAGUGCAUUCCGCAAUUCAGGAGGUGCUGGAGAAUUUGCUUCCUUCGUCCUACAAAGGACUGGUGCUGCCGCUGCUAUUCCCAAAACUGUCUACAACGAAAGCAGCAUCAAAGAUGACAGAGAACGUUGUCGAGUUAUUCGAUGGAAAAGACGGAGUCGACAUUUUACUGGAUGUCAUGAAGCACCAGGAAACGGAACUAGAGCUGUCAGCUCUUGCUCUUCAUUAUUUCCUUCAUAUCGCUGCGGAUCAUGCUGAACACCUUAACGAUGCAACGAAAUUAAUGUUUGAGGAUGAAAUCAUACCGAGUUUACUCAACCACGAGCUAACCAAGGAGCUGUUGAUUGAAACCUACCACUGCCGUCCCGAAGUUCUCCCGUAUAAGUCUGUCACCGUUCUGGAAGAUUGCGAGUCCCCACUGCUUUCCCGAAUUGCGAUUGCAAAUUGCCUUCGCGUAUCGUCGCUGUUCGAGAACGUGUGUGCAACGAAUAUUCUGCGAGCGAUUUCACACCAUUUUGUUCCGAUUACUGUGAAAUUCGGAGAAACAUUUGCGAUCGAAGGCGAUAUCGCUUCAGCUAUGUAUGUCGUUGCUGCAGGUACUGUCCAACUUCACAAGAAGCAAAGGAUUCUAGCAGAGCUAGGUUUUGGUACAUGUGUUGGACAAGCUGCUAUAUUGCAGCACUCUCUUCAUGCUGGAACUCACAUCUCCUCUGCAACUGCGCUGGAAGACUGCAUCCUGCUCAGUAUAUCGCGUGGACAUCUCGACGCCUUGAUAAAGGAAACACCGCAAGUGUCCAGAGGUGUACUGAAUGCGGUGGCAUCUUCUCUUCGACUGCUAUAUUAUGAGCCACUUCGCUCCAUUGCUCAAUCUGGAAGUCUUCCUCGUCGCGAUCAAAGGGCUUCAUUGACCGCGAAGGCCGCGCGAUUGUACAGCAACAUAGACCCAAUGAUCCAGAUAACGGAGUUUCUGACGAGCAACAUCAAGGCGGCGCUUUCAGUUGAUCGCGCGGCAAAAUCAUUCCUCUACAACGUAGGCCGAUCACGAAGUACCCAUCGUGUGAUACCAUUAUCGUUGCCAGGGAUGAGCGGCAGACGUCACAGUUUGAGCAACAUACAACCAAUGGGACGGAGUUCGAGCUCCGGGACGCUAGCGUCGAAAGGGCUGCACGCGCUCUCAGAUCCUGCCGACUAUACAACAUUCGAGAAGUCCAUUCACUUGAAAGCAUCUCACUUGAUGAGAAACCUCGAUGACGACAAGGUGUCGCUGGUGGCUCAGAUAUCUCGAGUUGUGGUACUUGAUCACAGCGACGUGCUCUAUUCUAGUGGCACGAAGGUGGAGUGUGUGUAUGUUAUCAUCAAUGGUACAAUGGAGAUUACGAAUUUCCAAAGUGAACCAAAUGCAGUCCCAGCACCAACUUCGAUUAAGCUCCAUGAUGGCGACUGUUUUGGAGAAGAGGCAUUUGUACCCACCGUAACUGCACAGGGCAUAUAUACAGCGGUUGGCCGAUGUACGCUUUUCGAGAUCACUGCCAAAGAACUUGUCGACUUGAGUAUGUUUCAUCAUGACAUCAUGCAUGUUCUUUUGGCGUGGCUCUCACAAAGAUUGGCCGAAUUAACGAAGACAAUGAUUGCACCUCUUCUUUCUCCAACAACUUUCAGUGCCCCUGCUGUAUUUUUGGAAGACGAAGAAGAGGUCUCCGAAGAAACUUCUGAGUUGAGAAUCCGAAAAGUGAAAUGCAGGUCGGAGACGGAUUAG